GGGAUGACGUCACCGCCCGGGACCGCUGCAGGAUGGAGUGGAAAGCUGCUGCUGAUGGCAUUGUUUUUGUGGCAGCCGCUGAAUGACAGAUCCUCACUACAAAGAUCCCCCCUUGGCCGCGGUGUAGGCCUCCUGGUUCCGGCGUUCCACCAUGCCAGCGCAGCGCCAUGAGUCCUGGAUGCAUGCUGCUGUUUGUGUUUGGCUUUGUUGGCGGGGCGGUGGUCAUUAAUUCUGCUAUCCUAGUGUCUCUCUCCGUUUUGCUGCUUGUGCACUUUUCUAUUUCUACCGGGGUGCCGGCUCUGACGCAGAACCUACCAAGGAUACUCAGAAAAGAACGCCCUAUAUCGUUAGGGAUUUUCCCAUUGCCUGCCGGAGAUGGGCUGCUUACGCCGGACACUCAGAAAGGUGGUGAGACCCCGGGAUCGGAGCAGUGGAAAUUCCAGGAGCUGAGUCAGCCACGGUCGCACACCAGCCUGAAGGAUGAGCUUUCUGACGUUAGCCAGAGCGGAUCUAAAGCUACUACUCCAGCAUCAGCAGCUAAUUCGGAUGUGGCAGCCAUCCCCUCUGACACACCGCUGAGGGAGGAGAGUGAUGCGCUGGUGAGGGGCGCAGACACGCCGGCGGGGUUAGAGCUAAGCAAGCACAUCGAGGUGCAGGUCGCCCAGGAGACACGGAAUGUGUCCACAGGCUCUGCUGAAAAUGAAGACAAGUCGGAAGUUCAAGCAAUCAUCGAAUCCACUCCUGAACUGGACAUGGACAAAGACCUCAGUGGAUAUAAAGGUUCCAGCACUCCCACCAGAGGCAUAGAGAACCGAGCUUUCGAUCGCAACACAGAAUCUCUCUUUGAAGAGCUGUCUUCUGCUGGCUCCGGCCUCAUUGGCGACGUGGAUGAAGGCGCGGACUUACUAGGGGAAUAUUCUGGAAUGGGUCGUGAAGUUGAGAACCUUAUACUAGAAAAUACACAACUUUUGGAAACCAAAAACGCUUUGAACGUGGUGAAGAACGACUUGAUAGCCAAAGUGGAUGAGCUGACCUGUGAGAAGGACGUGCUGCAAGGGGAGCUGGAGGCCGUGAAGCAGGCCAAGCUGAAGCUGGAGGAGAAGAACAGAGAACUGGAGGAGGAGCUCAGGAAAGCUCGUGCCGAAGCCGAAGAUGCAAGGCAAAAAGCCAAAGAUGACGAUGAUAGCGAUAUCCCCACGGCCCAGAGGAAGCGGUUCACGAGAGUAGAGAUGGCCCGAGUUCUCAUGGAGAGAAACCAGUAUAAAGAGAGACUGAUGGAGCUCCAAGAAGCCGUCCGAUGGACGGAGAUGAUUCGGGCAUCACGAGAAAACCCAGCCAUGCAGGAAAAAAAAAGGUCAAGCAUCUGGCAGUUUAUGCCAGCGCGUUUCAGCCGACUUUUCAGCUCCUCAAGUAACACGACAAAGAAGCCCGAGCCGCCCGUCAAUCUGAAGUACAACGCCCCCACCUCUCAUGUGACCCCGUCCGUCAAGAAGAGAAGCAGCACCUUGUCGCAGCUCCCUGGAGACAAGUCCAAAGCCUUUGACUUCCUUAGUGAAGAAACCGAAGCUAGUCUAGCGUCCCGCAGAGAGCAGAAGAGAGAGCAGUACCGGCAGGUGAAGGCGCACGUGCAGAAGGAGGACGGGCGCGUGCAGGCGUUCGGCUGGAGUCUGCCUCAGAAGUACAGACAGGUGACCAAUGGUCAAGGGGAAAAUAAGAUGAAGAAUUUACCUGUGCCUGUCUAUCUCCGACCUCUUGACGAAAAAGAUGCAUCCAUGAAGCUGUGGUGUGCGGUCGGAGUGAAUCUGUCUGGUGGGAAGACCAGGGACGGCGGGUCAGUGGUUGGAGCGAGCGUGUUUUACAAGGACGUUACUGGUUUGGAUACGGAAGGCGGUAAACAGCGGAGUGCAUCCCAGAGCAGCUUGGAUAAGUUAGAUCAGGAGCUUAAGGAACAGCAGAAGGAGUUAAAAGCCCAUGAGGAAUUAUCCAGUCAGGUGUGGAUCUGCACCAGCACUCAUUCAGCGACAAAGGUGAUCAUCAUCGAUGCCAUUCAGCCCGGCAACAUCCUCGACAGCUUCACCGUGUGCAACUCGCACGUCCUGUGCAUCGCCAGCGUCCCGGGAGCCCGGGAAACAGACUACCCCGCAGGAGAGGAGCUCUCAGAGUCUGGUCAGGUGGACAAGGCGUCCUUAUGCGGAAGCAUGACGAGCAACAGCUCUGCAGAGACCGACAGCCUGUUGGGAGGCAUCACGGUGGUCGGUUGCUCCACAGAAGGUGCGACGGGAGCUGCCACGUCCCCUAGUACCAACGGUGCUUCUCCAGUGACAGACAGGCCCCCAGAAAUGGAAGCGGAACACAGUGAGGCUGACGAAAGUGUUCCAACCGCUGAGGAGGCAACGGAGGCCACCGAAGGCAACGCCGGGUCCGCAGAAGACGCUGUGGACGUCUCCCAGCCCGGUGUGUACACCGAGCACGUCUUCACGGACCCUCUGGGGGUGCAGAUCCCCGAAGACCUGUCCCCGGUCUAUCAGUCGAGUAACGAUUCAGACGUGUAUCAAGACCCUGUAUCGUCGGUGUUGCCAAGUGAACAAGACCUGGCGAGGGAGGAAGCCCAGAAGAUGAGCAGCCUGCUGCCGACCAUGUGGCUGGGCGCUCAGAAUGGCUGCCUCUACGUGCACUCGUCUGUGGCCCAGUGGAGGAAGUGUCUCCAUUCCAUCAAACUCAAGGACUCCAUCCUCAGCAUUGUGCACGUGAAAGGGAUCGUGUUAGUGGCGCUGGCUGACGGCACCCUCGCGAUCUUUCACCGGGGAGUUGAUGGCCAGUGGGACCUGUCCAACUACCACCUCCUAGACCUGGGGCGGCCUCACCACUCCAUCCGGUGCAUGACCGUGGUGCACGACAAAGUGUGGUGCGGCUACAGGAACAAGAUCUAUGUGGUCCAGCCCAAGGCCAUGAAAAUAGAGAAAUCCUUCGAUGCGCACCCCCGGAAGGAGAGCCAAGUGCGGCAGCUGGCCUGGGUGGGCGAUGGAGUGUGGGUCUCCAUCCGCCUGGACUCCACGCUCCGCCUCUACCAUGCGCACACUUACCAGCAUCUGCAGGAUGUGGACAUUGAGCCUUAUGUCAGCAAAAUGUUGGGUACUGGGAAACUGGGCUUCUCUUUCGUGAGGAUCACAGCACUUAUGGUGUCCUGCAAUCGUUUAUGGGUGGGGACAGGAAAUGGUGUCAUUAUCUCCAUCCCACUGACAGAAACCGUAAUCCUCCACCAGGGACGUUUACUGGGGCUGAGGGCAAAUAAAACCUCAGGAGCACCAGGAAAUCGUCCUGGGAGUGUGAUCCGUGUCUACGGUGAUGAAAACAGCGAUAAAGUGACUCCAGGGACCUUCAUACCGUACUGCUCGAUGGCGCACGCACAACUCUGCUUCCAUGGGCACCGGGACGCGGUGAAAUUCUUCGUGGCUGUCCCAGGUCAAGUCAUUAGCCCACAGAGUGGCCGUGGUGGCACAGACCUGGCAGCUGACAAAGCGGGGCCCUGUGCGCAGGAGCCUGGCAGCCAGACGCCCCUGAAGUCGAUGCUGGUCAUCAGCGGAGGAGAGGGCUACAUCGACUUCCGGAUGGGUGAUGAAGGCGGAGAAUCAGAGCUCCUCGGAGAGGACCUCCCACUGGAACCUUCUGUCACCAAAGCCGAAAGGAGCCACCUGAUCGUGUGGCAAGUGAUGUACGGCAGCGAGUGAGCCCGCGGGGACAGCCGGAGGCGGAGCGCCGUCUCUUCUGCAUGGUUUAUUUUGCCUUUUCCCCUUUAUUUAAUGCUCGCUUGUGAAUAAGUUUCACCACAUAAGAUGUGAGCAUUUUAUCCUGUUAACUUUAUAUUACAAAACCUGUCCUGCUGUAACAGUCCAGAGGGGCUAGCUGUCUUACUGCACCAGUGUUAUAGGCGAUUUCAGUGUAUCAUGAACAAACCAGAGAACGUGGACUUUCCCAAACCGGGGCGUUACAGAGAGCAAUCGGGAUGUGGCUCGCCUGGCCAUGUCUCACGUCACUCGCUUCAACUGAUGGGGUCACUUUCUAGCUGUCACUAAUAAUGGAAUCAGUGGGAAAUACUUGAUAAAUGAAACUGUGCCACUAGGUACAGUGGCACAAUUUUCCCCAGUGUAUUAUACAGUGGACACACACUAAUAGCAGUGGAUCGUCACGAUUUACCUAACUGUCCCGAGAGGGCUGAGAGCUAACUGUAAAUUAACUUCCACUUUCAAAUCUGACAAAUCUUGUUUAUAUGGUAUAUAAAACUUCGUUUUCAUCAGAUUAGGGGGGUUUUAUAUUAAAGAAAUUAAGACUACACUAUUUAAAUACAAUUUUCCUCUUUCUGUUUUAGUAGAGCUCUAAAGUUACCGAGGCCUGCUUCUCUGAAUAUUGUUUUUUUUCACUAGUUGCACUCAUUUCCAUGCUGCCAGGUCUGAGAGGCUCAUUAUUUGUAAGCUUAGAAGAUGUCUGGAGAAACGUCAGCAUUGGAAGGGUUUUUAAAGGAAUUGUGUUUUGUAUCCUGGUACCAGAGGACGAAGGUGGCCGGUGCAUUUUUGGUUUUGUCCCAUGUCAAACACGGGCCCGUUGGCCCCGAGCCCGGGGUGACAGGAGCAGCACAGUGGCGCGGAGUCCGCUCUGAAUGACUGAGGAAGCGGGCAGGAAAGCUGUUUCUUUUGUUCUGUAUAAAAGGAACCCUCAGCUCACGCUUGGUCCUUUGAAUGUAAAUAACACACGUGAGGCUCGCUCUCUUUUCAGUGUAAAAUGCCGCCCAAAGGAAGAACUGAAGGAGAAGACGGCAGGGCCAAGACGCCGCACACAAGGUCAGGGUCGGCUCUGCGCCUUUGCACACGGCGUCCUCUCCAAGCAGGCGGAGUCUGGGCUCCCCUGAUUUCCUUGUUCAGUGUUUCUAAAAACUGACGCUGUGGCUUUAACCCUCUCAGACGUCCUGAAAAUGUGCGAUGUACCAUUGUUUACCCAUUACUCAAGCAAAGCUAAUUACAAUUUUGUGUGCUAUUUUAAAAAUAUGAACCUAUAGGAAAAAGGUCCCCCAGUCACUGGAAGGACUGCGUCCAAGAAGAGAAAGCAAACAGGUCUGUGACUGUCUCCGCAUUAAGUACCAGGGAUUUUUUUCCCCAAAGUAUUGUGCAAAAAUAUCUGUCACAUGUACACCCAGGACUGUGCGUGUGUACGUACCUAGGCUGGAGGAGAGAACACACGGGACUGAGUGACCAGGGCGGCCUUCCCACCCACUUGGCCACGUGCGCCUAUAAGCGCAUUGUACACACAGCAAAACUGCGGUCCCUGUGUGUUAGGAGAAAACCUUGAGCAAAGGCUACGUUUGGAGGAUAAUGUUUUGCUUAAAUGAUGUAGUCGCUUUUCUGACCCAAAACUUAGGCCACUUUUCCAUAGCUUAAUUGCUAUGUUUUUAUUUUAUUUUAAAUCUGAACCCUUUUUUGGCAAUACCUAACAAAGCAUUACUAAACAUUGUUCAAAUGCUACAUAGAGAGCUUCCUAAGGAGAUGCCAAAGUGCGUGGGGGUUCGAGCCCAGGAGGAAGCGCCGCGGAGGCCGGCCUCACGCGCCCCACAGGGGGCCUGGGGUGUCCCCACGGGGACGAGAGGCAGACCUGUGUGGCGUGGCUGUGAUCGCUGUAACUUGAGGAAUGUGGCGUGCGUCUUGUCUGAAGAGGUCGGUUUCCUGUGGCCCUGUUAUGUAGGCACCAGAGUGAACAAAAUGCCUAUACAGUCUGUCCUGAAGGCUCGUGCUUAUAUGUGUCAUUCCAGUUAAAAUUUUUCUACCGGUUGCUUUCCUUCCUCUUUCCCCCAGUGACAGGUCUGUAUCCCUGCAACAUUCACUUUGGUCAGGGCGGUGACCCUUGGGACAGAUGGCAGGUGUCGGCUGCUCACAAGCAGCGCGGUGUGACCUGCCCAAAGCUCCCGUGUCGGGGCAGAGGAGGCCCGCGUGCCUCGCCUCGGUCUCCCGAGGAAGCGGGACUGAGAACGCCUGCUCCACAACAUUCAGCCUUGCGUGAGGCUGUGAAGUUGCCAGUGUUCUGCCGUUGCUGAUGCACAAAAAACGGCACCACCCAGGCUGCAACCUAAUUUUUACUAUAAAUACAGGUUAACAUCUCUGUGCAGAAAAGGGAGAAUGUUUUUCAGGAACUCAGUUGAGUUUUUCCUCAACCCGUGUGGAUCUAAAGUGCUAAGAUAGGAAUGAAUCUCUUAAACGCUGCAGCUUUUUGAGAAUGUAAGGCAUUUUUAGCACAAAAUAUGCAGCACGCGACGUUUCAGAAAGAUGACGUGCGUUUGCAUAGACAAGGUUAAAGUACAUUCUCUCAGCUGCUUUAGCGUUCAUCUCCUACAGCGGUCUCCACAUCCGGGAAGAGGCUCUAACAUAGGCUGCCUUAGUCACAAAACAAAGCUAAACAAGCGUGCAUUGUGUGAGCCGUCCUCAAGCGCCAGGGUCUUGCCAGCCCUGUGGAACUAUUUCCUGUGCUACGACCACUACCAAAGGACUGAACGGGCUUCGGACUCUUCUUCCUCGAUCAUGUUGAGAAAGGGACGCAUCCGCCCCGCCUUGUAACGUGGGAAGCGGGGAGAAAAACACAGAAUCAUAAAAGCUUUUCUAACAGGGUUAUGCUGUUCUGUAACACUAAAUGUCUUUUUCUUUCCCUUAAAAGUUUUAUUAAUAAUUUCGUCCUACGUUUCUCAGUAUCCGAAUAUACUUUAACAUUAUGUUCUCAGUGUGUUUCUGUGCUAGGCGUCUUACCAGGUCUCUCCGCCGCUGCAGCCGGGCUCUCGGGGGCCCGCUCGCUGUCUGGGGCAGAGGCUUCGGUUCUCUGAGCAGACAGCUCAGUUAGCGAUGUAGUUAUCUCAGUAUUUAUUUCUAUUACGGAAUCCCUGGGGUUCGGAAUGUAACUUUGUACAUGAAAUAUAUAUAUAAAUAUGUAUAUGAAACAC